UGUCAGUAUUUACAAAAAAAUUCCAAACAUAACAUUUUCCGUUCCAUAAGGAUUUCAAUAAUUUCCGUGAGAAAGCAGAGCCAAUCAGAGCCUUCCAGUUGUCACCUACACUGAGCCUUGAGCCAAUCGGCAGCGACGACAGGUACCAAGUAUGUUAGUAAGUGGUGGGUGGAUUGAGCGUCGCUACUGGUGAUGAGAGAGGUGGUGAAGGUGGAAGGUUCGCAGAUGGUACUCGGCCACACAGCUGGUACAGACAAACCUCACAGGCUUCAAGGACGAAAAGUUGUUGUGGGUCUAAGGACACGACUCGCAGCACACACAUGAUGAAGGGGGCGAUGAUGGUGAUGGUAGCAGCAAUGGUGGUGGUGGAUAUGGAGAGCCAGGGUGUACACGGUGCCUCAUUCUUCAUCAGGGUGCCAGGGGUAAUGCUCACGGGAUCUGUUGCUGAUACUACGCUGGUCUCCUCGCGUAUCCAGUGCGCCAUGUUAUGCAGUGAGGUAUCGUGUAGGGCCUUCACACUCCUUAACACCAACGCACGGAAGGAGUGUACACCAUACCACACCAUCACCAGGGCAGACAGUGUGGUCGAGGAGGCGUAUGAGACCUUCGCUGAGGAGCAUAGUGAGAAGACGUUGAGAGACAUGGCGUACCCUAUCACAACUCAACCCACGACAAUUCAGCCCACCACAACUCAGCCCACCACAGCUUAGCCCACCACAACUCAGCCCAUCACAUACUGGCAUUCCCUUGGACCUCUUAAGGUUGUAACAAUAUCACAAAUUCACAAAUUACACUUUGUACUAUAGGUCCAGGAAUAGAUCCCACCAAAU